GCGGAAGGAGGCUAAAUUGCGCAGUAAACUACGGUCCUUAGGGCUUGACUUGAGGAAAUGCAAAAUGCAAACGCAAAUGCAAUUGUUUCUACCAAAGCCAAAAACAAAACUGUGUUCUAACAUUCUGCAAAAGAAAAAUUAAACGAGAAAUGGAAGCAGAACAUGGUGAGACCUCAAAUGGAAUCGGAGGGUUGUACGUGAAAGUGAUGACCGAUGACCAAAUGGAACUUCUGAGGCAACAGAUAUCUGUCUACGCCACCAUCUGUGAACAGCUUGUUGAGAUGCACAAGGCCGUAACUACUCAACAGGACCUCGCAGGGCUGAGGCUGGGUAAUUUGUACUGUGAUCCGUUGAUGGCAUGCUCUGGACACAAGAUAACUGCUAGGCAGCGUUGGACUCCAACGCCUCUGCAGCUUCAAAUACUUGAGCGAAUUUUUGAUGAAGGAAAUGGCACUCCAAGCAAACAGAAGAUCAAAGAGAUAACCCUUGAGCUGGGUCAACAUGGCCAAAUAUCAGAGACAAAUGUUUAUAACUGGUUCCAGAACAGAAGAGCUCGUUCAAAGCGGAAGCAACUUGCACCAACUCCAAACAAUGUAGAACCAGAAGCAGAGACAGAAGUUGAGUCUCCAAAAGAGAAAAAAACACGCGCAGAAAGCGUUCAAGUUCAACCCUAUGAGAAUUCAUCACCUCCUAGGGUCAAAGAUAUGUACAUCCAUAGCCCUGACUUAGGAUUUGACCAACUGAUGGGCAAAAUAGAAGUUGCAAGCUGUUACAGUUCUUAUUUUCUUUGAUAAAUCUGGGGAAUGACUGAUUAAAAACUCAAUUCUCAAAAGGCGCUGCAGGAUUGCAGCUCUGUAGACUCAUGAUUGUUGAUGAAACUGUUAUAUAUAUAGAGGUUUCAUCCAAUUAUGUUGAUAAACCACGAAUGAUGUGGCAUCUAUAUAUUCACAUGCAUGUUGUGUAAGUUGUUUUUCUUAGGUGCUUUGUAGAGCUAAUUGUUGAUCGAGCAUUGCUGUGAUUGUUACAAUUUUACAAGUUUUAAAAACUUGAUUGCUUUUUCC